AUCAUAAUUGAUUUUUCUUAGUUUUGUCUUCCUAACUGUGUCCAGUCAAGUUUCCCUGUCUUCUGUGACAGCUCUUGGCUAUUCUAUAACUCUUAUUUCUUCGUGAAUUUAUUUCAAAUUUCAAAAAGACCUGCACCAUUAGAUUUAUAAGUUUUGUGACUGGGUUUCCAUAUUCAUUUUCAUUUUGAACUUGGAUUUAAUUGAAAAUUGUCCUCUUGAACAAUGUAAAACUAUAAUGGGGCUCGCCGUCAUUAACUUCUCAUUAACUAAAUCACUUUUACGUUUAUUAGAUUGAAUGAUGUAUUGACAUGCAUUGUAAUACAUUAUGUUGUAUAUAUAUUGUAUUUGUACCAAUGAGAAAUGUUUUCUGAUAUGUAUGUCUUAUCUGUAAUUAUGUAAGAAUCAAAUUAUGAUAGAUUUAAUCUUCGAGUGCUUGGAAACUAAAAUAUAAAUACAUCUAUGAAUAAGUAGAAUAUCAUGAAUUAUUUAUAAAAGUUUUACACUAUUCAAAACUGUAUAAAAUCGGGUUUUCCUUUCAUAAACUUUCUUAGUUUUUGUAUAAAUGAAGAAAAUAUUUAAAUAAAUCUAAGCUUUAUAUUAACUAUAUCUUCUGUUAAGAAGAUAUGACUUAUAUUUAGCACUAUUUCCCAAUUCCCCUUUAAAAAUCAAUAAAAUGAGCUUUCUACUUUAAAAAAAAGCUUUAGUUUUGAUUUUGUUGAAUAAUUGCUAUAUAAAGGAGAAAUGCUUACGGUACAAUCAUAUAUGGAUACACUUGUAGUUGCCAUUUUUUCUUCUACAUUUUUGUUGUUAGAUAAAAGAUCAAUAAAUAAAAAACAAGAUUUAAUAUAGAUCCCACAAUAUAUGAUUUUUGGUGCCCCCACUUUGGUGGGGGUGGGGGGGGGGCGUUUAGAUUUACCCUUGUCCUUCCGUCAGUACGUCUGUUCUCUUUUGUGUCGCAGGUAACACGUGACCUAGAGUCAUGAAACUUAACAGGAAUAUUGAUCAGCAUGUGUAGUUGUAUAGUUUGUGUUAACUUAAUAAAAGAUUUUUAGUUUUCAACUUGGAGAAUAUGUACUCCAAAAAAUAUUUGACCUAGAGUCAUAAGAUUGACAGAACAGUGUCGUGUUGGGGCACCGUGUCCUAUGGGUUAUAUUUUUGUAAUGUUAUCGCAUAAUAUUUAAAUUGUUUUAUACAAGUAUUGUAUCUGUCAAUACUGAUAUGCUCUUCAUCUUUGGAGGAAAUGAAAGUAUCUUUCUAAAAGUAUCUAUAUAUCUAACCACUUACAGUUUAAGUCCAUCUGCCUUGUCAUCCCUAAAAGUAACUAUGAAAGACAUUGGAACAAAUAAAUAAAUGGUAUAAACAUUAUUUCCUUAUUAAAGGCAUGUAACACAUUACAGAUAAAUUAAGAGUUUUUGAAAAGAUUUAAAUUUUCAUUCAUGUUGUCCACAAUUGCAUAAUUGAAUAGCCACCUUCAGAAUGUUGCUGGUGUUCAUACCAGAUAGGAAUACAAUGAUAAUUGCUUAUUUAUGAUUUGAUUUACACUUUGGCAGAAGCCAAACAUUCUCCCUGUCUGGCAAUGGCUUUGUAUUAAUAAAGAAAUGUAUUUUUUUGGAAUAUUUUUAAACCAACAGAGAUAAUACUAUAUUGACUUGAAACUUAACAAAUAAUUAAAGAAACUUUAUAAUUAAUUGAAUUAUAAGGUAAAGGUACAGAAUCUUCAAAGCGACUCUGUGUGUCAAUUAAAAAUAUUAAUAUUUACAAGUAGUUAAACUUAAUACGAUCAUUAAUUUUGUAGAUAUUUCUUUUAUUCAUACAAGACAAUUUCUUUUAAUAGAUAUAUCUUUUUGCUAUAAAAGUUAUUCCAAUUUCUGUCAUGCACAUUGGUAGGAGUAUGAAUCGCCUUCAGCAAUUGUUCUAGUUCAUUUUGACUUCAUUCAUUUUUAGCUCGACUAUUCGAAGAAUAUGACAGCUAUUGUAGUCGACCCGGCGUCCGUGUCGGCGUCUGCGUUGGUUAGUCAAAUAUCUCAAUUAUUGCUUGAGAUAUUCAAUAAAAACUUACAAUACUUAUUCAUAGUCACAAGGUACAUCAGAUUGACAAGUUGAAUAUUCCUGCCUUCAAUAUUGACAGAAUUAUGCCCCUUUUUAACUUAGAAAUUUUUGUUAAAGUUUUUUUGUUAAGUCAAAUAUCUCAAUUAUGGCUUGAGAUAUUCAAUUGAAACUUAAAAUACUUAUUUAUAGUAUCAAUGUACAUCAGUUUGCAAAAUUGCAUAACUCUGCCUGCAAUAUUUGCAGAAUUAUUUGCCCCUUUGAAACUUAGGAAUUUUGGUUAAAGGUCUUCAAAGAUAUUUACUUGAAACUUUACACAUGUACUAAGGGUCAUAAUUGGAGGGUCAUAAUUGUAUGUCACUGACCAAGUUCCAUAACUCUAUCUUGCAUUUAGGCUGAUUACUCCCCUUUUCUACUUAGUCUCUUGGUUAAUGUUUACAUGCAAGAUUUACAUAUCUCAAUAACUAUUAAGAUAUUUAUUUAAAACUUCACAUAUGCAUUUAGAAUCAUAAUUGUAGGUCACUGUCCAAGAUCCAUAAUUCUAUCUUGCAUUUAGGCUGAUUUUUCUCCCCUUUUUCAACUUCAAAUUCAUGCUAAAGUUUUGCUUGUAAGCUGUUAUCUCCAUAACUACUUCAAGGCUUGGUGCCUUUUUUUGGGACAAUUUUAUGCAUUCAUAAUAAUAAAGCACUGAUUUACUUGAUAAAACAUCUUAAUAACAAGCCAUUGUACCUUUUCGGUCAAUUUUAUGUAUUCAUAGGUAAUUAGCAUUAUUAUACUCAAUAAAACACCCUUGUGACAACUUUUUCGAAUAGUCGAGCCAAUACUGGCCUCUGACAGUUCUUGUUGGACUGCCUGAUUCAAAAUUGAUUUAUUUACAUAAUGAUGAUUCACACCAGAAUCAGUUUAAAUGCCUUUAAAUCAAGAGCACUAAACAUUUUGAGAAACUGCAUGUUUUGGUAUAUGUAUUAAUUGAAAUGCCAUCUUGGUUUGUUAUUGUAAAGAGUAUCAAUUUGAUAAUUCAAUAAAAUUGUAGUUAAUAUAGGUUUUUCUAUGUUUUUACUGAAAAAAGGCCAGUUUUGCAAGAAAGAAGGUGUACAUUGAAGUACAACAUAUCUUGUGUCUGUAAAGCCUGUUGAUACUUAAUAUAAUUGUUUUAGAAAAUGACAAUGUUUUAUACUAUAGUAAUAAAAUAAAAAAAUUGUUUGGUUUCAAAAAAGUUUUUUGUAUGGUGUAAAAUUGCAUAUAUAUUAGAACAUAAUAGUAUUCAAUUCAAUGAUCAUAUUGAAUGGCAAUUAGUCAAUGCAGUGGUAUGAAUCAAUAUCAGUUUUAUUCAAUUGUAGUUAUUUUAUAAAUACAGAUAUGUAUAAGAAAUUCAUUAUAACAGUGACAGAUAUUGCAAGGCUUCACUUAAGUUUUGACCAUAUGAAUACAUAAAUUAUAUAUAAUCUAUGAAUAAAUAUAAAUAUAUGUCUCUUUUCACCAUCCACAUAAUAUAGUUACAUGUAGUAAAAGGUUGAUAACUUGUACAUGAACAUUUCUAAAACAAAUUUCCUCUUGAUAUGUUUUUCAAACUAUGUUCCUGUUCCUCAUAAUAAAAGCUUUACUUCGUUUCAAUUAUUUGCAUGGUAGUAGAAUUAUGUUGUGAAUUAAAUAUAAUUGUUUUAAUUAAUUACAGGUUGGCACAUUUUCGAUCCAAAGAUUUGGUAAAUGCCUAUACUUUGCAAACAGCCCUGAACAACAGUUUUGAAGAAAAGGGAUUAUUGUGCUACUUUAGAGCAGAGGAGUUGUUUAGGUUAAACACCAUGCUUGAUGAUGAGAUGAGAAUGAGAGAUGAACAUGUGAAAAAAACAUUAAUCACAACUGCUGGCUUUCAAGAGGGUGAACCAGAAUUGUAUUUCUUAAACCCGGAACAAAUAAUUGAUCUUAGUAGUGGAGAAAUGAUAGAUCCAGAGAGUGCAUCCUUGGUAUGGAUACCCAACUGGAAUGCUGCCAGUACCAGUUUGCCAAGAGGAGAGCUAUGUCAUGUAAUACAAACACCAACUUCUUUGGGUCCCUAUAGGGUGUUCUUAGACAAAGCUAAGGAAGUGUUGUUGAACAACUUUGGUGCAGCAUUGUUGGCUUGGGCAUCAAUGCUGAUGAUGUUCAGAUAUCCCUGGACAUUAAGGCAUAUAAGGCAUUUCAAUUUGCCAAUGUUAUUUGGUGUACCCAGUGUUGGCAAAACACUUGUGGCUACGUGUGGUGCCUGGCUGACGGGAUGUCAGGAAACCCAAAUUGCUUCUAGAUGUACAUUACCAUACUUAAUACAAAGACUUAUCUCAUCGUCAAUGCCAUUUGUUUGGGAUGACCCUACAAACCCGGAGGAAGUUGGUCAGCUGGCUGUCGAUCUUGGGAAUGGUGCAGUGAGAGGAAAGUUAACAGAGAUGCCCCAGGUCCCACUCACUGGUUGCCUUGUAACUGCAAAUUUUGAUCUAACUUCGGUAUCACGGUACAGCAGCAGACUCUGCAUAUUGAAAAUGGAGAGAAUUGAAGGCCCAAAACAACCAGGUGUAGCCAGUGUUCUGGAAAACUUAGCUGCUUCAGCUUCCUCAGCCCUGCCAAUCCUGCUGAAAGCCAUUCAUCACAUAAGUCCUGAGGAAGUCCACAACUGCACCAGGGAACUCAUGAACAAGGUGCCUUGUGAUCUCAGAGUUCUGGAAGGUCUGUCAGUGCCUCUAACAGCUGCUAGAAAGGUAUUGGAGAUAUCAGGAAGACGCCAGUAUUUGGAAGCCAUUGAGGUUUAUUUAGAAGACACACUAUUUCCUUAUAUAAGUGCGUCAAUGCCUGGCAACCAGACCUUACCAACUAUUAUUAUGGAAAAAGUGAUGGAUCAUUCAGAGCAGGUUGUAAGUCAAACAGAGAUGAAGGAGGAGUAGAUAAAAAUUGUACGGCCGUUUUUACUUGACACAGUUGGGUUAAGUGAAGGAAUGCUGACCCGCUUAAAGGCAGAAGGCAGUGGAGAUCCCUCUAAAGUUGUAAGAAUGAAGGGUCAGCUACUUAGAGCAGUGGUUAUCAACGUGUGUGAUGUGAGAGAAGACAUCAGGCAAAGAUUUAUUGCUUUACACUCGGGAGAACAGAUGCUCAACAAUGAAGAAGAGACAGAAAGGGAGCCAGAAGAAACAGAAAGGGAGCCAGAAGAAACAGUGACAUGUGAGCAGGAAGAAGGAGUGGAUAUGUUAGAAAUAGACGAAGAAGUGGCGUUUAGGGUGAAACGACCAAGAACAGUGAGAAGUAGACUGAGGACUCCCCGAGUCCUACGAAGCAGAAGAAAAUAAAUCUUCUAAGUUAUGUUCCUGUAAAAGUUGGUUCUGAUGCCAAAUCACUAAUAUUAAACAGGACUUGACAUUUUUCAUCAUCUUGGAAAUUGUUUUAUACAGUGUUAAACAGUCUUUAAAAGUGUUUAAAUUACAGCCCCUUUCUUAACAAGUGCUUAAGAAUGAUAAAAAGUCCUUCAAUUUUUACUACUCUCUUGAAAAGUGCUUCAAAAGUGCUUAAAUCCGGUACAAAUGUGCUUGAAAAUGAUUGAAUGACAGACUAGUGUCGGUAAAAAGCAACAGUUACAAAAAAUAAAAGCGAUUUAUUCAGUACCAAAAUCAAUCAAUUUUUUAAAAGAUUGCUCAAUGUAACAGGCACAAAUUGCAGUUGUUGAUUUGAACUUCAUUUCAACCCCUCUAUAAUGCUCAUGUUGUGUUCCAAGGUCUCAACACAGCAUUUAGCCAGAUUCUGAUCGCAAGAUCAACGCAUAACCCCACCCACUGCAAUUAUGUAUAAUGCUAAUGAUUUUUAGUUACCAUUCAAUGAAUAUUGACAUUAUUUUUGUAAAACAAAUCAAUAAUGUAGAUAUAUAUCAUAUUGUCAUGUUAUAGUGUUUAUAUUUAAAAGAAACGGAAAACGUAAGAAAGAAAAACAUUAGUCACAAAUGGAAAUAGUUAUCCAUUACAAUUGUAGUGAAGGCUUCCUGUGCUCUUUCCACACUUUUUCUGCAUAUAGGCACAGUUAUAAAUCUACAUGUCAUCAAAAAUACUAUUCU